AGUUUGCAGCUUACGAAGUAUUCCCUCCACCUCAAAAAUGUUGACCUUCUGAACUAACCAUCGUUAGCCAGUAAGCAACCAGUUAUUCCUUGGUCCUGUAUGUUCCUGUUUCAAUCUUCCCUCACUUCUUUCCGCUCCUAGCGCACACAACACAAACCACAUGGAUCGCAGAGUGUAGUAUAGGAGCACAGAGAUCAAUGGAGGUGGUGAGCGCUUCUCAUGGCGUGUUGGGUCCCCUACUGGGGAAGCUCACCUCUCUGCUCGCCGACGAGUGUGUCCGCCUCAAAGGUGUCCGCCGUGAGAUCCGGUCACUCAGAUCUGAGCUGAUGAGCAUGCAUGCUGCAGUCCAGAAGUAUGCCAUGCUACAACAUCCUGAUGUCCAAGGGAAGGUAUGGACAGCACUGGUGAGGGAGCUGGCCUAUGACACCGAGGAUGUCAUUGACAAGUUCGUCCACCACCUUGGCAACGGCAGUCACCAUGGUGGUUUUAAGGAGUUCUUCCGCAAGACUGCUCGCCGACUCAAGACUCUUGGGUCUCGCCGCGGAAUAGCCAACCAAAUUGACGACCUGAAGGCUCGUGUCAAGGAGGUGAAAGAGCUCAAGAGCAGCUACAAGCUGGACGAUAUUGCUGGUAGUGGUACCUUUGAGCAUUGCGCCGUGGAUCCCCGGUUGUCUGCGCUUUUUGUCGAGGAAGAACACCUUGUGGGCAUUGAUGGUCCGAGAGACUAUCUUGUCAAUUGGAUGGUGGAAGAGAAAGAUAGCUCAACGAAGAAUCUCAAGGUCCUGUCUAUUGUUGGGUUUGGAGGGUUGGGAAAGACAACGUUGGCAAAGGAGGUCUGUCGCAAGAUCCAAGGGCAUUUUCACUGUCAGGCUUUCGUCUCAAUCUCUCAAAAGCCGAAUGUGAAGAACAUUAUGAAGGCUGUGAUUUCCCAGGUGCCUUGCAAGGAAGAUUUUACAAAAGAUAUUGACACUUGGGAUGAAAAGAAAUUUAUUGCGAAGCUAAGGGAACUGCUACAAGAUAAGAGGUACCUCAUCAUUAUUGAUGAUAUAUGGUCUAUAUCAGCAUGGGACACUAUUAAAUAUGCUUUCCCGGAGAAUAAUUUGUCUAGCAGAAUUAUAGCUACUACACGAAUUGUUGAGGUGGCAAGAUCAUGUUGUCCGCGAGAUGAUUUUUACCGCAUCUAUGAAAUGGAAGCCCUAAGUGAUCUUCACUCCAAAAGGUUGUUUUUCAAAAGAAUAUUUGGUUCCGAGGACUGCUGCCCUGAUGUGCUAAAACAAAUUUCAAUUAAAAUAUUGAAGAAAUGUGGAGGCCUACCAUUGGCCAUUAUCAGUAUAUCAAGUUUGUUGGCAAACCGACCGAAGAUCAAAGAUGAGUGGGAGAGGGUCAGUAGGUCUAUUGGUUCUGCACUGGAAAAAAACCCAAGCUUGGAGGGAAUGAAUAGUAUAUUAUCCCUUAGCUACAAUGAUCUUCCACCUAAUCUGAAGACCUGUUUGUUAUAUUUAAGUAUAUUUCCGGAGGAUACAGUCAUUGACAGAGAGUGUUUAGUGAGGCGAUGGAUAGCAGAAGGCUUUAUUUGCGAAGAGCGUGGACAUAGCAAACAAGAGGUCGCCGAGAACCACUUCUAUGAGCUAAUCAACAAGAGCAUGGUCCAACCAGUGAAAGUUGGCUAUGAUGGUAAGGCUCGUGCUUGUCGAGUUCACGACAUGAUGCUAGAGCUCAUCAUUUCAAAAUCGAUUGAAGAUAAUUUCAUCACUUUCGUGGGCCACGGGCAGACUGAUGUAGCAAAUCGUCAUGGUCUUAUUCGGCGACUGUCAAUCCAUCAUAUUGACCAAGAGCUGGCAUCUGUAUUGGCAAAUGAAGAUUUAAGUCAUGUUCGGUCUCUAACGGUGACAGCAUCAGCUUGCAUCAAAUACUUGCCUAGUCUCGUUGGCUUUGAAGCUUUGCGUGUGCUAGAUUUUCAAGGGUGCCAAAAUAUGCAAGAGUAUGAUACGAAUGGCAUAGAUAAACUUUUCCAGCUGAAGUACUUAAGCCUCAGGGGCACUGACAUGUCGAAGCUACCAUCAGGAAUUGUGAGGCUAUAUGGUCUAGAGACGCUAGAUCUUAGCAAUACAUACAUCAAAGAGUUGCCACCCGAGAUUGUUCAGCUCAUUAAGCUACGGCAUCUACUCAUUGCAAGAUACGGUAGUAUGUAUUCCCAUGAACAUUCUUGGUUUAAAGCUACAACCAAGAUACCAGAUGGAAUCGGAAAUAUGAGGAACUUACGGGUGAUCUCAGGCUUUAAUGUUAUCGAGAAUUCAUUAGGUGCAGUGGAGGAGUUGGGGAAUCUGACAGCUUUGCAAGAACUCCAUAUAGAGCUGGACGGCAGAGGAUCUCAGAAAUACAAAAAGCAUGAAGAGAUGUUACUUUCCUCUCUAUGCAAGCUUGGCGGAUGCAAACUCCAGUCUUUAUGGAUACAUGCUGCCAACUCAACACCACUCCAGUUCUUAGAUUCUUGGUCCCCUCUGCCAUCUUCUCUCCAAAGAUUUCAGAUGACCACUAGCUAUUAUUUUCCGAAGAUGCCAAAGUGGAUUACGCCAAAACUCACCGGCCUUGCAUACCUAAAUAUUAAUUUAGUGGAAAUAAUGGAGGAGGAUCUGCACGUACUUGGAGAGAUGCGUGCCUUGCUUUCUCUGGUGUUAACAUUCCAGGGUGCCCAAAAUGAAAGGAUUAUUGUCAGAGGCCAUGCAUUCCCAUGUUUGAAGGAAUUCUGCCUUUUAACUAGUUCAUCUUAUGUCACAAGGCCAACAUAUGUGAAGUUUGAAGAAGGGGCGAUGCCAAAGCUCGAGAAGCUUGAGGUGCCAUUCUCUGUGUCAGUGGCUAAAGCCUAUGGGUUUAGCUUAGGUAUUAACCAUCUCCCAUGUCUGAAACAUGCCGAGGUUGAACUUGACGAUGGAGGCGCGACAUUUUCCGAAAGCAAGGCUGCAGCGGCUGCCAUAAGGAAUGAAGCAAAUGCCAACCCCAAUCAUCCCAGGGUAUUUAUCCUGGGAAUAAUGGAAGAGGACACGGAAGAGAGUUCCACAGAUGAUGAAGAAGAGGGGUAGAUACCUGGGAAAUGUUACGAUCACUACAUUUCAUUACCAGUGUAAGAGGUGAAAUUUUACUCAUGCAAAUGCGAGAUGGUGCGCUGCCUUGAAUGAAUGUAGUGGUGCAGCUUCGAGGCGCCUGUCCUUUUGCCUUUCAGAUGGGAAUACACAUGUCAAACGAAGAAGCCCAAAUAAAGAUGUCUUGGAACAAGUUGUCUUGGUUGCUUUGCUACAUGGCACCCAUUCGGUCUGAUCGAAACCUUGUAUCUGAUUUUAUUUCCCCCAGGUUUUGUUAAGAAAUAAGGAGGUCACCUCUAGGUGAAGUUUGUUUAUUUAGUCGUUGGUGUGUUUUAAGUACUUGUGUGUAACUUAACUUGCUGGAUCAUGCAUUUAUUUUAAGCCGAAACAGCCGGAUUGAUAGACAUUUGCAAUAACUUGGAUGCCGAGUUUCAGAGA